CUUGAAUUGACUUCCAAAACAAAUGAGUUUUUGAUUAUGUAUAUUAAUCCGCAUGUCCUGAUGCCUAAAAGUGAAACUGAAAGUAGAAAAACAUGCUGCAACGAAGGUUAACGUAUUCCGUAAAGUUUUAUAUCAAACGAUGCUUCUCAUCAAAGGUUCCAGAAAAACCAACAUGGGUUACCAUCGACAGAUCGAAAUUGCCAAAGGAGCCAAAAGUAGAUAGAGAAGUGGUAGAUUUACUAGAACGACUGUCUCUAGUUGAGUUUAAUAAUCAGGAGGGAGUGGACCGGUUGACAAAGGCUGUGCAUUCUGCCAAUUUGCUGCAUGCAGUUAAUACUGAUAAUGUUGAACCAAUGGAUUCAGUUUUAGAGGAUAGAAUUUUAUAUUUGAGAGAUGAUGUUGUAACAGACUGGAAUUGUUUAAAAGAUGUUAUGAGAAAUGCAACAAAAACUUUGGAGGAUUACUAUGUUGCACCACCAGGAAAUAUACCUCUAAAGCAAAAAGAAAGAGACUAUGGAAACAAAACUUAGUGCUUGUUGAAAUUGUUUUUAUUUAAAAGGAAUAAUAAUAAAAAAAAAAUCAGCUAUAAA